CCGAAAAACUUUGUGGGGCCAUUUUGCUGGACCCCACAAGGAUUAUCAUUGGAAUGAAUAGAAAACACUUUGCUGAUGUCUAGUGUAGAAAUCUGAGUUUGGCCCACAAGUGAUGAAAAAAAAAAAUAUGUGUUUAAGUGUGCUAAGAUUUUGCUCACUACUGCCCCCUUAUUUCGCUUAAUGGUAGUGCACUCUCACACACUCGCACACUCGCAGCCAAUGAACGGCAUGCUUGUUUGUCACGUGGGUCAGUAAUUGACGUGAAGUCACCUGAAGUGUCGUAAUGAAGACGGUUGAGGACAUCUUGAUGAUUACACGAGGUCAGAAGGUCCACGAUGGAAAUAUAUCUUCGCUGGAAUAAUCAUUUGGAAUAUUCAUCAUAAGAAAACAGAGAAAUAUGUCUUUACUGUACGAAUAUUUUUUCCAAGAGUUUUAAAGUAAUUGCCCUGGCAAUGCAGAUACACAAGGAAGAAGUCACUAGGAAGAGGAAGCGGCUAAAACCAGAAGCUGUAGCACUGCAACAUGUCCGUAGUGCCACAGACAGCACAUGUUUUUUGGAGGCACGACACAUAAAUCAAAUAAAAGGUCGUGGUGUGUUUGCACUGUCCCCAUUUCAAAAAGGGGAUUUUGUUGUGGAGUACAGAGGAGAAAUGAUAGACUCUGCUGAAGCUCAAGCUAGAAGGAAGAAGUAUCAUCCAUCACAGGCAGUUUUUAUGUUUGACUUCUACUGGCAUGACAAACAAUGGUGCAUUGAUGCUGCUGUGGAAAAUGGAUCAUUGGGGAGACUGGUCAAUGAUGACCAUGUUAAUCCUAACUGCCGGAUAAAAAAAAUUGUUGCAGACGGAAAGCCACAUCUAGUCCUGUUUGCUUUACAAAACAUAGAGAGAGGAGACGAGAUCACAUAUGAUUAUGGUGGAAGUGAUUGGCCUUGGAGGGUUAAUGAAAACAACCAGGAACUGGUGGAAAGUUCCAACACAAGGACGCAAGACGGCAAUGAGGUUUCCCCUUCGAUUCUGAAGGUUGAUGGUGCACAUUCUACCAAUGUGGGCUUUGAACAAAACAACCAGGAACUGGUGGAAAGUUCCAAUACAAGGAUACAAGACGGCAAUGAGGUUUCCCCUUCGAUUCUGAAGGUUGAUGGUGCACAUUCUACCAAUGUGGGCUUUGAACAAAACAACCAGGAACUGGUGGAAAGUUCCAAUACAAGGAUACAAGACGGCAAUGAGGUUUCCGCUUCGAUUCUGAAGGUUGAUGGUGCACAUUCUACCAAUGUGGGCUUUGAACAAAACAACCAGGAACUGGUGGAAAGUUCCAAUACAAGGAUACAAGACGGCAAUGAGGUUUCCCCUUCGAUUCUGAAGGUUACAAAGAAACCAAUGAAUUCCUUAGUUCAGUACACAGACUCUGAAGUCAGCUCUGGACCAGAUUUUUCUUCUCCACAACCUGAUACGGUUUCAGAUUUACCAUGUAGCAGUAUACAGCAACUCAGUAGCAAAAGUACUGUGGAAGGAGAACAUGAGCUUAGAAGGCCAAAGCUUAGAAGGAUUAAAGGCAUUCCGAUGGAGGAGACUCUUCAUUGGUCUGAAGAGCUUUUUGACAGUCCAGAUGAAGAAAAUAUUCAAGCAGUUGUGCCACGAUUGAAGCGGACAAGAAGAAGUUUUGACUCAAGUACAGAUGAGGAUGAAGAUAACGUGGUACAUAAAACUGUGCCAAGACAUAUGAAGUCAAGAAGCAUUUUGGUUAAUCAGAAGAUUUCUGUUGGAACUGAAAAACUAAGUGAAUCAAGCCUGGACAGUGGAGAAGAAUAUGUUCCAUCCACAAGCGGGGAUAGUACAGAUAGUAGCAUGAGCCAAGAACUAUCAUUAAAAAGUCAAGCUGAUGCUACAGUAGGUCGUUCACUUCCAUGCAAGCGCAAAUUCAAGACACCUCUUGCUAAAUUCCAGGACAAUGACAGAAUUGCUGCUAUUACACACAUCCAACAUAAUGUUCCUGACAGCAACACAUCAAGUAAAGCAACAGUUGGAGAUGUAUCAGUACUUGUUCCUGCUGUCGUCAGAAAGAGUAAUGGAUCUCGAAUGUACAACAAGCGACAGUACUGCUUAUAUUGUAGUUCAGCGGUCCAAAAAAUGUCUAGGCACUUGGAGCGUGCUCACCUAAACGAGACUGAGGUUUCAAGAGCAUUGAGUUUUCCAAAGGGAUCCCGUCAAAGGAAAUUGCAGCUUGAAUUUUUGAGAAACAAAGGAAACUUUGCACAUAAUGCCGAAGUUAUAAAAACAGGGUCUGGAAUUCUUGUUCCCUUCAAACAACCAAAAGAAAAGUGUGAGGGUCAAGACUUCAUUCACUGUGUGUACUGUCAAGGGUUGUUUCUGAAAAGAGUGCUUUGGAGACACGUGCAGAGCUGUAAAUUCAAACCUAGUAGUGUUAAAUCUAAACCUGGAAAAACUAGAGUCCAAUCCCUCUGUGCGUUUGCUGAACCGGCACCCUCUGCGGUUAGUGAAAGUGUUUGGAAGCUGGUGAGCAACAUGACACAAGAUGAUAUCUCUUUUGAAGUAAAAAAUGAUCAGUGCAUCAUGGAGUUUGGAAAACAUCUAUAUAACAGGCUUGGAGCUGAUGUCAGCAAGCAUGAAUACAUUCGUCAAAAGUUGAGGGAGCUUGGUCGGCUGCGUUUACAUGGUAAAGAGGUUACACCACUGCAAACUAUCAAAGAUUAUGUCACACCAGAAAACUUCAUGUUAGCAGUUACUGCAGUAAAACACACAGCGGGUUUCAACGAGGAAACUAGCAAAUACAAAACCGCAACACUUGCUCUAAAGCUUGGACAUGGACUGAAAAAUGUGUCCAUGCUCCUUGAAACCGAUGCAAUGAUGAAAGGUGAUCAUGAUGGUGCAAAAGCGGCUCGUUGCUUUCGUCAGGUUUAUGAUGCCAGGUGGAAUGAGCUUAUAUCAGCCAAAGCCUUACAGGGUCUCACAGAGUCCAAGUGGAAUUCCCCACAGCUGUUACCUUUUACAGAAGAUGUAAGAACUCUGCAUUGCUACCUGGAUGACAAGCAGCGCCAGUUCUACAGUGACUUGACAUCAGAAUGCUCAUCUUGCAAUUGGGCUAACUUGACCAAAGUAACUCUUGCACAAGUUAUUUUAUUCAAUAGGCGUAGAGAAGGAGAAGUAUCCAAAAUGCUUGUUUCAACAUUCAUCCUAAGAGACAAAUCAGAUCCUCAUGAAGAUGUCAAUGUAGCUCUCUCUGAGCUAGAGAAAAGUCUCUGCAAGCAUUUUGUGAGACUUGAAAUAAGAGGUAAGAGAGGACGGAAGGUGCCUGUGCUCUUAACUCCUGCGAUGGUAGAUUCCCUUAAUUUGCUUGUGGAGAAGAGAAAAGAAUGUGGAGUGGCUGAUAACAACUCAUACAUUUUUGCACGGCCAUAUGCAAUGUCCCACUACAGAGGGUCAGAUUGCAUUCGUGACUUUGUGAAAGCUUGUGGAGCCAAGAACCCCCUCUCACUCACCUCUACAAAGCUCAGAAAGCAUGUUGCUACACUCUCAAAAGUACUCAAUCUCAAUGACACGGAGCUUGAUCAACUAGCAGAUUUCCUUGGACAUGAUAUCAGAGUCCAUCGCCAGUUCUAUCGCUUACCUGAGGGCACUCUCCAGCUUGCAAAGAUCAGUAAGAUUCUCAUGGCCCUUGAGCAGGGGCGUUUAUCGGAGUUUAAAGGAAAGACCCUAGAUGAUAUCAACAUCUCCCCAAAUGGUACCAAUGCCUUUUUAUUAGACAACUAUAAGAAAAUGCAGAUAUUGUUUUUCUAGUACACUCCGAAUUGCGCUGUGAUGGUUUUGUAACUGUCACGCCUGGGAACAAGAAUCAGGACGCACUCGCAGGGUUCACAUGAAAUAAAUAACAUUUAAUAUAAAACGAACAGAAAUAAAACACGAGGAGUAAAACAGCAACACAGGAACAUCCAAUACAGAAAACAACAGGAACAGACGUAGAACAAUGACAAUGAUCCGGCGACAGGUGAGAAACAGACAGCAGUAUAAAUACACAACACUUAACAGGGAACAGGUGUGAUGAAUCAGUCCGUGAAUUGUCCAGGUGAGGUAAUCGGAGACACAAACAAAACAUGACACGGAUCACCGUGACAUAACCCUCCCCUCUACGAGUGGCUACCAGACACUCACAUAAACAAAAAACAAAAACAAAGUCUGGUAGCGAGAGUCCAAGGGAGGGGUGGAGGGCUUGGGGACCCUGGCGAAGCCGGCAGCCGCCGGGAUGAGACCAACAGGAACGGUAGGCCGGACUGCGCCAGGAGAACCGGAGCGAUCGCUCCGAGAACCGAGGCAGACGAAUUACCCCCCUCCUGGGAAUCGCCGACGAUCAGCUGCCCCCGGAAGUCAUCUCCCAUCCCCUCGCGGAAACGGAGACCCUCUCUCGGUAGCCACCCCGGGGAAAUGAUCGGGCGUGGUCCGUUCCGGAUCCCCCUGCGAGCAGGAUGGUGGUCCUCCGAGGGACCGUCGACGACGACUCAACCGUUGGGGGACCGCCUGGGCCGAUUCUCCUCCCGCAUGCUCGCAGGAGCGAGCGAUCGCUCACGGUGGUCCCCAAGAGACAUCGGGGCUGAUGGGGAAUGAA